AGACUCGAUCAAGGAUGGAGGAAGAGGCACGCAAGCUUCUCGAAGAAGGAAUACGAAAGAAAUUGGUCAGUCCUGGUAAAGGAGAGCUAUCGACCUUUCCCAAUGGAACCAAGGUGGUCUUCCACUACCGCACCAGCCUGUGUGAUGGCACAGUGUUGGAUGACUCCAGGACCAUGGGGGGCCGUAGCAAACCCAUGGAACUCAUCUUGGGCAAGAAGUUUAAACUUGCUGUGUGGGAGACAGUGAUCAUCACCAUGAGACAAGGCGAAAUAUCAGAAUUUACUUGUGACGCUAAGCACACAGCACUGUACCCGCUAGUGUCCCAGUCCCUAAGAAACAUCAGUGCUGGCAAGGACCCCCUGGAAGGCCAGAGGCACUGCUGCGGCAUAGCCCAGAUCCACUCGCACCACUCUUUAGGGCACAAGGACCUGGAUGAGCUUCAGGCCAAGCCACAGCCUCUUGUCUUCACCAUUGAGCUGCUGGAGGUUCUGCGUCCAGGAUCAUUCCAGCUUGAUGUGUGGGCUAUGACUGAUAACGAGAAACUCGAGCUUGUGCCUCAGAUCCACGAGGAGGGCAACAUGCUGUUCAAACAAGGCCAAAUUAAGGAAGCCACAGAGAAGUACUACAAUGGCAUUGCCUGCCUCAAAAAUCUACAGAUGAAGGAGCAUCCUGGAGAUGAAGCAUGGAUAAAGCUGGACCAUAUGAUCACACCACUGCUCCUCAACUACUGCCAGUGCAAGCUGCUCCAGGGCCAGUACUAUGAAGUCAUCGAACACUGCACAUCUGUGCUCUUCAAAUAUGAGGACAAUUUGAAGGCCUUUUACAAGCGGGCUAAGGCCCAUGCUGCAGUGUGGAAUGAGAAAGAAGCACGGGCAGACUUCGCUAAGGUGUUGGAGCUGGACCCCUCUCUGGAACAGUCUGUUGCCAAGGAGCUGAGGAUCAUGGAGGAGAGGAUCCGCACCAAAGAAAAGGAGGAAAAGGGUCGCUACAAAGGCCUUUUCAGCACACCACCUGCCACUGCCACUACAGGCUGAAUCUCUCAAUGGACUGGAACAAAAGCAGGAUGCCUGUGAAUUUCAAGAUGGAGGAGAAACGGUAGACGCUGCUGGUGUUUCAGUUUUAUCCAUGCACUCAAGCCAAACUCUCUGCCACUCUGCCCUCCAUGGCACACGCAGAAACAUUUUCACACAGUCAGGUCAAACACAAACACAAGUCACCCAAGGUGCAAUUUUCAUUCCAGCCUUUUUCUUCUAAACCCCAUCUCUGUUGACAUUGUGAGCUUGGUUUAAUAAACAUCCCAAAUCCCACAGAAACCUUAGAUUUGUUUUGGCUUAGCAGCACCAUUAAUUCAUAGUAUUGUGGUCUUCAACAUAAGGGAACUCCUAAAUUCCAUUUUCUUGGCCUGUUACGGUUUCAAAAGACAGUCUUGGUAAAUAACUUGCUCGCAGUCAUGGGCUACAUUCAGAAAACUACCCUUAGCAACUUUUUUUAAUUUAAUGAUGGAUUUAUCUGCUGUUUGAGGAAAGUCAUUGUGCAGCAAUUCAUAUAGCAAACACCGAUUUGCCACAGUAUUAGAAACAAAUAUCUUACACGUUUUAUGUUAUAUUGCUUUUCUGUGAAAUAUGCAGAGCUGUUGGAUAAUCUGAAAAUUACUCUCAAUUGUAGCCCGACAAGGAGUGCUUGUAAUGGAUUCCAGACAGAAUCUCAAGUCCCAGGAUUUUUCUUUUUCAAAGUUUUGUUUUUGCACAAGGUACAUCGUGUACUCACAUGCCUUGCACCACCAGAAUCCUUUCUCUACCUUGGUCACAGGGGAAGCACUGGAAUAAGCAGGAGACCAUUAUCUCCUUGUAGAUGCAACUUGGAAACUGUGCAGUCAAUCUGUGACAAUCAUUAUAUAUAACACGCCUGGACUUGUGUUAUCUCUGCUUUUUCCUAUAUACUUAUUUCAUAUAGUAAGACAUACUACCAUUAUGUUGUUUUUGUCAAGAUGUACUCGGCAAAAUCCUCAGUAUCUUCUUCACUUGUUUAGAAAGAGCUCCUCGUUACUUUUCAUGUGAGGCAGCGGAUCGGUAGCCACAUCUGUCUGAAGUGAGAUGUUAUUGAGGUUGCAAUUACAUAACUGAAAAUAAAUGUUUACCCCCA